GCGCGGUUCCGAGCCGGACUCUACGACGGGUCUUGGCGCGGAUUGCGUCCCGGGGCAGUGCACGCACACUUGGGCGGGGCGCGGGCCGCGCUGCGUCCGAAGCGGCUCCGACGCCGUCGCUGGGCCCAAGAUGGACCUCCCGGCGCUGCUCCCCGCCCCGACCGCGCGCGGAGGGCAACAUGGCGGCGGCCCCGGCCCGCUCCGCCGAGCUCCGGCGCCGCCCGGCCCGAGCCCCGCGCGCCGCCGCCUGCUAUUGGUGCGGGGCCCCGAAGAUGGCGGGCCCGGGGCGCGGCCCGGGGAGGCCUCCGGGCCGAGCCCGCCGCCCGCCGAGGACGACAGCGACGGCGACUCGUUCUUGGUGCUGCUGGAAGUGCCGCACGGCGGCGCCGUCGCCGAGGCUGCCGGAUCACAGGAGGCCGAGCCUGGCUCCCGUGCCAACCCGGCGAGCCGCCCGGAGCAGGGCCCCAGCGGCCCGGCCGUCGCCCCCGGCCCUGGCGUAGCCCCGGCGGGCGCCGUCACCAUCAGCAGCCAGGAUCUGCUGGUGCGCCUCGACCGAGGCGUCCUCGCGCUGUCUGCGCCGCCCGGCCCCGCAAGCGCGGGCACCGCCGCGCCCCGUCGCGCGCCCCAGGCCUCCGGCCCCAGCACGCCCAGCUACCGCUGCCCCGAGCCGCAGUGCGCGCUGGCCUUCGCCAAGAAGCACCAGCUCAAGGUGCACCUGCUCACGCACGGCGGCGGUCAAGGCCGGCGGCCCUUCAAGUGCCCGCUGGAGGGCUGCGGCUGGGCCUUCACAACGUCCUACAAGCUUAAGCGGCACCUGCAGUCGCACGACAAGCUGCGGCCCUUCGGCUGUCCGGUGGGCGGCUGUGGCAAGAAGUUCACUACGGUCUAUAACCUCAAGGCGCACAUGAAGGGCCACGAGCAGGAGAGCCUGUUCAAGUGCGAGGUGUGCGCCGAGCGCUUCCCCACGCACGCCAAGCUCAGCUCCCACCAGCGCAGCCACUUCGAGCCCGAGCGCCCUUACAAGUGUGACUUUCCCGGCUGUGAGAAGACAUUUAUCACGGUGAGUGCCCUGUUUUCCCAUAACCGAGCCCACUUCAGGGAACAAGAGCUCUUUUCCUGCUCCUUUCCUGGGUGCAGCAAGCAGUAUGAUAAAGCCUGUCGGCUGAAAAUUCACCUGCGGAGCCAUACAGGUGAAAGACCAUUUAUUUGUGACUCUGACAGUUGUGGCUGGACCUUCACCAGCAUGUCCAAACUUCUAAGGCACAGAAGGAAACAUGAUGAUGACCGGAGGUUUACCUGCCCUGUCGAAGGCUGUGGGAAAUCGUUCACGAGAGCAGAGCAUCUGAAAGGCCACAGCAUAACCCACCUAGGCACAAAGCCAUUCGAGUGUCCUGUGGAAGGAUGUUGCGCAAGGUUCUCCGCUCGUAGCAGUCUGUACAUUCACUCUAAGAAACACGUGCAGGAUGUGGGUGCUCCGAAAAGCCGUUGCCCGGUCUCUACCUGCAACAGACUCUUCACCUCCAAGCACAGCAUGAAGGCACACAUGGUCAGACAGCACAGCCGGCGCCAAGAUCUCUUACCUCAGCUAGAAGCUCCGAGUUCUCUUACUCCUAGCAGUGAACUCAGCAGCCCAGGCCAAAGUGAGCUCACUAACAUGGAUCUUGCUGCGCUCUUCUCUGACACACCUGCCAAUGCUAGUGGUUCUGCAGGUGGGUCGGACGAGGCUCUGAACUCCGGAAUCCUGACUAUUGACGUCACUUCUGUGAGCUCCUCUCUGGGAGGGAACCUCCCUGCUAGUAAUAGCUCCCUAGGGCCAAUGGAACCCCUGGUCCUGGUGGCCCACAGUGAUAUUCCCCCGAGCCUGGACAGCCCUCUGGUUCUCGGGACAGCAGCCACGGUUCUGCAGCAGAGCAGCUUCAGUGUGGAUGACGUGCAGACUGUGAGUGCAGGAGCAUUAGGCUGUCUGGUGGCUCUGCCCAUGAAGAACUUGAGUGACGACCCACUGGCUUUGACCUCCAAUAGUAACUUAGCAGCACACAUCAGCACACCGACCUCUUCAAGCACCCCCCAAGAAAAUGCCAGUGUCCCGGAACUGCUGGCUCCAAUCAAGGUGGAGCCGGACUCGCCUUCUCGCCCAGGAGCAGUUGGGCAGCAGGAAGGAAGCCAUGGGCUGCCCCAGUCCACAUUGUCCAGCCCAGCAGAGCAGCACGGUGCCCAGGACACAGAGCUCAGUGCAGGCACUGGCAACUUCUAUUUGGAAAGUGGGGGCUCAGCAAGAACUGAUUACCGAGCCAUUCAACUAGCCAAGGAAAAAAAGCAGAGAGGAGCGGGGAGCAAUGCAGGCACCUCACAGUCUACUCAGAGAAAAAUAAAAGAAGGCAAAAUGAGUCCUCCCCAUUUCCACGCAAGCCAGAGCAGUUGGUUGUGUGGGAGCCUUGUGGUGCCCAGCGGAGGACGGCCAGGACCAGCUCCACCUGCUGGGGUACAGUGCGGGGCGCAGGGCGUCCAGGUCCAGCUGGUGCAGGUGAGAGCUGGCGAGUCACACAGGCCAGCUGUAGGUGGGAUGGGAGGGUCACACAGGUCUGAGAAGUGUGCAGCAUGCCGCAACCCCUGCCCAUCGCAGCACCCCCUGCCUGCCGCUUGCCCAUCCUCCCCUGUAGACUGCCCCAAGUCCUGUCUCCUCACAGCCCAGAUCCUCCCUUUUUCCCAGCCUGUCCUGCUGCAUCUGCUUAAGCUCUGGGUGUUGCUGGGAUCGUGCAUCCACUUCCUGACCCUGUCUGUGCACGGCCCUGCAUCUAGCCCCAGUGCAGCCUGCCUCCCUGCCCGAGGCCCCCAGGGCUGUUUUGCAGCAGGGUGAGAUCUGUUUGAGGCCACCUUGCCCUUAUUCUGCAGGGCUGGGGCAAAGGGGCUCUGCAGGCCGCCUCAGCCACCAUUUCUAGGGCGGCCUGCUUGUGGUGGACUAGCAGCCUUUCUAUGCUGAAGGUGGUGGGGGUCUUUUCAGUGUUGUUCUAUUUUCUUUCCUAUGAAACGGAGCCCCUCCAGGGCAGGCCCAGGCCCCUCCCAGCCUGUCUGGGCCACAGAUACCUGCAGCUGUGGCCAGUUUCCAGGUUUUUGAGGACACCCGCUCCAGCAGCCCUGAGCACACCUGCAUCUUCAGUCUCAGUUUGAGGGGCUGGAAUGGGGAGGGAAGAUGAUUUGGAAGGAUUUGGGGAGAGAAGAGAUAUACAAGCCGGGGCUGUCUGGGUUUGGCCCAGGUGUGUGCCCCCUUCACCACUCCACUCUGUAGAUUCCCUGUGGCAGAGGAUGCGAUUGCAGGCCCCACGGAAGUGCAGAGGGUAGAGCUGACGCUGGCUCUGAGUUGGGAAACAGGCACGCUUGUGGGUUCAUAGUCUGGGAGAGGCUUAGCAAGGAAACAGGACCAGGCCUGGGGCUCAGAGAGGCAAGAGGAGGGAUGGCUUGGGCAGAGGUGGGCUGGGAAGGGGGCAGGUAGGAGGCUGCAGGCAGCUGGGGGUGGCCCUGUGCUGAUUGGAAGCUAGCGGUGAGCAUCAGGUGGGAAGCUUGUCUUACGGAUGGGCAAGAAGAGCACUGGUCCUUUCUUUCCAGCUUCUGAAGAGGUAAGAACUCCCCAGGAGCAGGAGCAGUGGAGGGGGAGGACCGUCCAAGGAAACAGUGCCUCAACUGGCAGGGCAGAGGUACAGAGGCAGGACCAGAGGCUUGGCAAUAGGAGACGGUAGGGAAGCUGGCGCCGCUGGCAGAAGAGGAGCAAGUAAGGGGUAUACUUUUAAGAGACGCCUGGUUAAACCUGGGUUUGAGUUCUUUUUCUGUCCCUUACUAGCUAGUGUAGUUCUGGUUACUUAAGCACUCCAGGCCUCAGUUUUGUCAUCUAUGGAAUGGGAACAGUAGUGCAGUCCUUGACACACAGGAGCUUCUCAAGCAGAAGGAAUGAGAGGUACGGGGCAGCAGCACCAGGAGCUCUGCUUCGGGAUGUGAAUGGCCAUGGGUGGAUGUGCAGGUGCAGGACAGGUGAAGUGUGGGACAGAUGAAGUUUCUAGCCUGGACUGUGAGGGGCCUGACAGCCUCCCCUCCCAGGAGCCCCUCCACCUGCCCUGGUCCUUCCAGCUAGCCUGUAGGCAAGCUGGGGCAUGCAGGGAAGGCCCUCUCUGGGGCCCGAGGAUUUGCUGGAGAGUACUGUGGGUACUCGAGGUUGGUGGGGGUGCAGGGGUUGCCGGGGCACCCGCAAGGAGUUGAGGAGCGUGCCUUAGGAGGGAAAUCGGUAUUUGGGCUGACUGAGGGGAGGAGCUGGACAGCAGAAGGUUCCAGGCCCAGCAAAAGCUGCUGGGAUCAAGGUGAGAGAAUAAGCACCAGGUGGGAACAGGUAGUACCCAGACCCCAUAAACAAUUCCUCCUGGGUCCUCAGGCCUCCCUUGGAAUACAGAGGGUGGGCUGGUUCUGCCACGCAUUGCAGUUGGAAGACUUCUCGGGUGAGGCGAGGACUGUUGCUGCACUCACAGACAUGUGACAGGCCUUUCUGUGUUGCCU